AUGGAUUUAGAGGAGGCAGGGAGCUUCCUGGUGCCCUACCUCAUCAUGCUCAUCGUGGAGGGGAUGCCGCUCCUGUACCUGGAACUAGCGGUCGGACAGCGCAUGCGCCAGGGCAGCAUCGGCGCCUGGAGGACCAUCAGCCCCUACCUGAGCGGUGACCCCCUGCCGUGGUCCGUCUGCCCACUGAACGCCAACCACACAGGCUACGACGCGGAGUGUGAGCAGGCCUCCUCCACCAAGUACUUCUGGUACCGGAAGACCCUCAACAUCUCGCCGUCCAUCCAGGACAGCGGCAGCCUGCAGUGGGAGCCCGCGCUCUGCCUCCUCCUGGCCUGGCUCGUCGUCUACCUGUGCAUCCUGCGGGGCACCGAGUCCACUGGGCAGGUGGUGUAUUUCACCGCGUCGAUGCCCUACUGCGUGCUCAUCAUCUACCUGAUCAGGGGCCUCACGCUCCACGGGGCCACCAACGGGCUGCUGUACAUGUUCACCCCCAAGCUGGAGCAGCUGGCCAACCCCAAGGCCUGGAUCAAUGCAGCCACCCAGAUCUUCUUCUCGCUCGGCCUGGGGUUUGGCAGCCUGAUCGCCUUCGCCAGCUACAACGAGCCCUCCAACAACUGCCAGAAGCAUGCCAUCAUCGUGUCCCUCAUCAACAGCUCCACCUCCAUAUUCGCCAGCGUCGUGACCUUCUCCAUCUACGGCUUCAAGGCCACCUUCAACUACGAGAGCUGCUUGAACAGGGUGAUUCUGCUGCUGACCAAUUCUUUCGACCUGGAAGAUGGCUUUUUGACAGCCAGCAACCUGGAGCAGGUGAAGGGCUACCUGGCGUCUACCUACCCCGACCAGUACAGCAAGGUGUUCCCACUGAUUAAAAACUGCAGCUUGGAGUCGGAGCUGGACACGGCCGUCCAGGGCACCGGCCUGGCUUUCAUCGUCUACACCGAGGCCAUAAAGAACAUGGAGGUGUCCCAGCUGUGGUCGGUGCUGUACUUCUUCAUGCUGCUGAUGCUGGGGAUCGGGAGCAUGCUGGGCAACACGGCCGCCAUCCUCACGCCCCUGACCGACAGCAAGGCCAUUACCCGCCACCUGCCCAAGGAGGCCAUCUCCGGUCUGGUGUGCCUCCUCAACUGCGCUGUGGGCUUGGUGUUCACCUUGGAGGCCGGCAACUACUGGUUCGACAUCUUCAACGACUACGCAGCCACCCUGUCCCUGCUGCUCAUCGUGCUGGUGGAGACGAUCGCCGUGUGCUACGUGUACGGGCUGCGGAGAUUUGAAAGUGACCUUCAGGCCAUGACUGGCCGCACUCUGAGCUGGUACUGGAAGAUCAUGUGGGCUGGCGUGAGCCCGCUGCUCAUCAUCAGCCUCCUGCUCUUCUACCUGAGCGACUACAUCCUCACGGGGACCCUGCAGUACCAAGCGUGGGACGCCUCCCAGGUACCUGCCCUCCCGGGGCCCCAAGCUGCCUCCAGAGCACAGGCCUUAGUUUUCUGA